CCCCUACACUACAUCCCCUGCCUUUGACACAUCCCUCAGGAUAAACUUAAAGCAAAAGGAGUUGAAAAACUGAAAGGCAUCAUAAACAUCACCAAGUGAAGCAGCCAGCAGCCAUGGCAACCUCUGCAAUCCAACAAUCUGCAUUUGCUGGGCAGACAGCUUUGAAGCCAUCAAAUGAGCUCGUUCGCAAGGUCGGAUCAGUUGGUGGUGGCCGCAUCACCAUGCGCCGGACUGUCAAGAGUGCUCCCCAAAGUAUUUGGUAUGGCCCAGACCGCCCAAAGUACUUGGGACCAUUCUCUGAGCAAACUCCAUCAUACCUGACGGGUGAAUUCCCUGGUGACUAUGGUUGGGAUACUGCUGGUCUAUCAGCAGAUCCUGAGACAUUUGCCAAGAACCGUGAGCUUGAGGUGAUCCACUGCAGAUGGGCCAUGCUUGGUGCACUUGGAUGUGUCUUUCCCGAAAUCCUUGCAAAGAAUGGUGUCAAGUUUGGCGAAGCAGUUUGGUUUAAGGCUGGCGCCCAAAUCUUCUCUGAGGGUGGCCUUGACUACCUUGGCAACCCCAACCUUAUCCAUGCUCAGAGCAUUCUUGCAAUCUGGGCUUGCCAGGUUGUGCUUAUGGGAUUUGUUGAAGGAUACAGAGUUGGUGGAGGACCACUUGGUGAAGGACUUGACCCCAUUUACCCUGGUGGUGCCUUUGACCCUCUAGGACUGGCUGAUGAUCCUGAAGCAUUUGCUGAGUUGAAGGUGAAGGAGAUCAAGAAUGGACGCUUGGCGAUGUUUUCCAUGUUUGGAUUCUUCGUUCAGGCUAUUGUCACUGGAAAGGGACCUAUUGAGAACCUCUUCGAUCAUGUUGCUGACCCAGUGGCCAACAAUGCAUGGGCUUACGCCACUAACUUCGUUCCCGGAAAGUGAAAAGGAUCAGAUAUAUGCCUUUGGUUGUAACAUUACUCAGUCCUUGUCCUUUUAUUGAAAUAGUCAUGUUCUGGAGUCCAUCAAUACUCAUGUACUAGUAGCGGAAACUGAUUAUGUGGAAAGUAUUGUAUCACUAGAAUAUCCAACUCCUUUGUGCUUAA